AUGAACGUCAUGCUUACACGAUGCCGACGAGGACUCGUUAUCGUCGCAAGCCGCACCUUCCUCUCGGGGCCUGGCCAAUCGACUCUCGUUGGUAAACUGGCUCGUGGUAGACGUUGGAUAGAAUGGACCGCUGUCUCAGAACAGCGUGUAAACCUCCCUGAUGCC